AUGGGAAAUAGUCAAUCGGGAGAAGAUGUGGCCUUUGAAGUUUUACAAAAAGUGGGUUCGGUCGCUCUUGCCGUUAGUUAUUUUACUCCUGCCGCCGCAAUAACUGGCCCAAUGACGAUUGUCGGAGGAGUAACUGGCCUCGGGAUGGAAAUUGCCGGCGACGCUAUGGAUAUUGAAGGCUUAAAGAAAGCGGGUAGUUUUUACCGAGGGAUGGCAAUAGACGCUGGCGUCGAUGGAAUUGCUGGUGGUGCUCUUGACGGCGCAAAAACAUGUGGAACAGCAGUUAAGUGGCUUAAGACAGGGUGCGAGGCCUAUAGCAAGGCUAGCGAUGAUGCUCACAGAGCUGCUGGCAAGCCUUUUAUUCCCACCCCCGACCCUCAAACGACUCUCUUUGUCGCUAAAAAUAUCAAGUAUAUGUUCUGA